GUGGUGAUCGCAGCUCGGGAAUGCGGGUGUGAAAGGUCCGAGCAGCCGCCCCAGCAGGGAGGAGACCCCGGGACGCCGGAACCCACCAUCCCGAAGCUGCGAGAAGGGGGGAAAAAAGAGCAUUCUUCAUUCAGUUGUGUGCCUUGUCAGGGAUAGGAAAAAAAAUCGCUUUUUUUUUUCUUAUAAAGAAACACUUCCGUGCUACUGUCUGUCAUCGUCUCCGAGGGAAAUCAGCCAGAAUCACCGGAACGUAACCGCCCGCGGACCGGAGAGGCAGGAGCCCGGGCAGUACCUGCCGCGUCCCGGCGCCCGAGCCACCUUGGAACGGGAACGCGUCUCCGGCGGCCACGGGGCUGCGGCUCUGCCAAACUUUGGGGCGGGCGGGAGUACCGAGGGGGGCUUGGAAUAGACGGAGGGCGGCCCCCUAACCAUGAUGUUUCGCGACCAGGUCGGGGUGCUGGCGGGCUGGUUUAAGGGCUGGAACGAGUGCGAGCAGACUGUUGCGCUGCUAUCGCUGCUGAAGCGCGUGAGCCAGACCCAGGCCCGCUUCCUCCAGCUCUGCCUGGAGCACUCGCUGGCCGACUGCACCGAGCUGCACGUCCUGGAAGGCGAGGCCAACAGCCCGGGAAUCAUUAACCAAUGGCAACAGGAAUCCAAGGAUAAAGUGAUUUCCCUCCUGUUAACUCACCUGCCUUUGCUGAAGCCAGGAAACCUUGACGCAAAAGUAGAGUAUAUGAAACUGCUGCCCCAAAUCCUGGCUCACUCAAUUGAACACAACCAGCAUAUUGAGGAGAGCAGGCAGCUGCUGUCCUAUGCUUUGAUCCAUCCAGCCACAUCGCUGGAAGACCGCAGUGCUCUGGCCAUGUGGCUGAAUCACUUGGAGGACCGCACAUCGACCACCUUUGGCAGCCAGAACCGUGGCCGUUCAGACUCUGUGGAUUAUGGACAGACGCACUACUAUCACCAAAGACAAAACACCGAUGACAAGCUCAACGGGUGGCAGAACUCUCGGGAUUCUGGGAUUUGCAUCAAUGCCUCCAACUGGCAGGACAAAAGCCUGGGGUGUGAGAAUGGUCAUGUGCCCCUCUACUCCUCCUCAUCCGUCCCCACCACAAUCAAUACAAUUGGAACCAGCACAAGUACAAAUGUUCCAGCCUGGUUAAAAAGCCUCCGCCUGCACAAGUACGCUGCGCUUUUCUCCCAGAUGACCUAUGAGGAAAUGAUGGCCCUCACUGAGUGCCAGCUGGAGGCUCAGAACGUUACCAAAGGUGCAAGACACAAAAUUGUCAUCAGUAUUCAGAAGCUCAAAGAAAGACAGAACCUCCUGAAGUCUUUGGAAAGGGAUAUCAUCGAAGGUGGUAGCCUGCGCAUCCCCCUCCAGGAGCUGCACCAGAUGAUCCUGACGCCCAUCAAGGCCUACAGCUCCCCGAAUGCCACACUGGAUGCCCGCCACCAGGAGCCACCGGUCCCACACCAGCCCUCACUGAUGGGUCCUGAGAACCAGAGCCCGGACUGCAAGGACAGCUCCGUGGCCGCUAGCGCUGCCGCCAGUGCUGCUGCGGGCGCCAGCGGCGGGCUGCAGCCACACCAGCUGAGCAGCUGUGAUGGGGAGCUGGCUGUGGCCCCCCUGCCAGAAGGGGACCUGCCCGGGCAGUUCACACGCGUCAUGGGGAAAGUGUGCACACAGCUCUUGGUCUCCAGACCUGAUGAGGAAAAUAUAAGUUCCUAUUUACAGCUCAUAGACAAGUGUCUCAUUCAUGAGGCAUUUACAGAAACGCAGAAAAAAAGAUUGUUGUCAUGGAAACAGCAGGUGCAGAAGCUCUUUCGGUCCUUCCCUCGGAAAACCCUUCUAGACAUAUCAGGAUAUCGACAGCAAAGGAAUCGGAGCUUUGGGCAGUCUAACUCCCUCCCGACGGCUGGCUCUGUGGGUGGUGGCAUGGGCAGACGGAACCCACGCCAGUACCAGAUCCCUUCUCGCAAUGUCCCUUCCGCCCGCCUGGGUCUCUUGGGCACCAGUGGAUUUGUCAGCUCCAACCAGCGCCACACCGCGGCCAACCCCACCAUCAUGAAGCAAGGAAGACAGAACCUGUGGUUCGCCAACCCAGGCGGCAGCAACAGCAUGCCCAGCCGCACACACAGCACGGUGCAGAGGACCCGCUCGCUGCCCGUGCACACUUCACCACAGAACAUGCUGAUGUUCCAACAGCCAGAGUUCCAGCUUCCUGUGACUGAACCUGACAUCAACAAUCGGCUGGAGUCCUUGUGUCUCAGUAUGACCGAGCAUGCCCUGGGAGAUGGGGUUGACCGAACCUCCACAAUCUAAAAGCUGAAGAUGAGAGUGACCGCGCUGGCCGUGAAAUCGACUGCUGCGGGCCCAGUGUCAGACAUCUUCAGGGUUGCAUAGAAUCCUCCAAGAUACUUUGCAGUCUUUUCCCCCUGGUCCCUCGCCCAUUUUGAUUUUGUGAGAGCGUAGGUCAUCCUUGUAAACAUAUCAGUAGACCUGG